CAUUAGAAACAGUUAAUUAUUCCCCGUAAUUCUCCCAACACCUCGUGUUGGUUGAUACAGAGAGUUACAUUUCGCAAAUACGUGUUUCGGCCCUAUAACGAGAUCUCACAGCGUACAGGCUCUCUCUGUGCCAGUGGUCAAAACAUAAAACAAGAUGGCCGCCUCCAACGAUAGCGAUGUUCCAGAGGGGAUGCGAAUAAAUCCUUAUGGGGAUCUGGAACCGUUUGAGCUGGGUACGGAGGACUGGGAGAAACGCUGGGAGAAGAAUAACAUAGGGUUCCAUUCGUAUAGUGUUCGUGAAAUAUUAAAAAGAAAUGUGGAUCGAUUAGUAGAAGGUCGAGAAAAAAUCAAGAUUUUGGUUCCAUUAUGUGGGAAGUCACUGGACAUAAAAUGGUUGUACGAUCAGGGCCACACGAUAGUGGGGAUCGAGUGUUCAGAAAUGGCUGUGAAGGCUUUCUUUCAGGAGCAGAGGCUAGAGUACCAGGCCGAGGGUCUUUCCAAAGGUCGGGGGAAAUUAUACCAGAAUUCCGAUGGAAAGAUAAAGCUCUACCAGAUGGAUUUGUUUGAAUUUACCAAAGAGGACGAAGGAUUGUUUGAUGCAAUCUGGGACAAAAAUUCGUUUAUAGCUGUCAAUAAAGUCGACAGGAAGAAAUACUGUGAGACCAUAUUAUCACUGAUGUCUAAGGACAGUUCUUAUCUCCUCGAUGUUUUUAACUAUGACCCUGACCAGUUUACAGGUCCUCCCCACAAUGUAUCCCGUCAAGAUGUGGAUAAUGUUUUCGGAGCUGCCUGUUCCGUGACAGAAAUGGAGUCUGUAGAUGCCUUAACGGACACGUUUAAGAAGCGAGGGUUAAGCUGGCUUACUGAAAUUCUGUACCUCCUGAAACUGAAACAGUGCUAACUAUGUAUACCUAUAGCAAUUAUGUCCCGAAACUGAAGAUUAGACUGGUUUACUUAAACUCUGUACCUCAUGAAACUGAAAGAGUCCCAACCAUGCAUAUAUACCUGUCACAGAAGAUUGGUUCUGGUUUAUUGAAACUUUACGGCAUAAAUCUGAGACAGUCUCAACCAUGCAUAUAUACCUAUAGCAUUUUUUAUCCAGGAACGGAGGAUUGGACUGGUUUAUUGAAACUUUACCUCUUGAAACUGAAAUAAACCUAACCUAUCCAUGGCAUAUAUACUCAGGAACUGGUGAUUUUACUAAUUUAUGUAAAAGUUAUGUCUCAUGAAAUUGAAUAAGUACUAAAUUCAUAUCUGUGUCUCAAAGAACAAUUUAAUAAAUAUUCUGAUUUCAGUUAUGGUAAUCACAGAACUUAAAGCUUUAGGGAACAGUGCCCAGAACUAUUUGUUGUCCAUUCUAUGCAUGAGGAAUGCUCACAGAUGCAUGUAUAUACUUGAAAUGUUGCGUUACGCUUAACUUUUCAGCUUGAAGUGCAAGUGUUUACACACUUACAUAUACUAGUAUAUACACUGUAUCCUAUACUGAUAGCAUCCUGUACUGAUUUUAUCCUAUACUGAUAUUAUCCUAUACUGAUAUUAAAUGGAAAGGUUCCACCAUCCACAACACAUCACUACAGCAUAUCAACAUAAAAAUCUGUGUACACUUAUUUACAAAAUGUUGUGAAUCAACGUUCUUUUCUUUGCGAAUCUUGCCAUUAUUUAUUACUCAGAAAUGUCAGAUAAACGUUACGUACCAAACAAGUUUGGAAGAUAGAUUAAGGGUAAAUUACCCAUAAAGGAAAAUGUAUGGUUAAAUGGUAAAAUCUUCUGAUACGAUAUCUGCAUACCCGUUACGAACAUUCUCUUGGUGUCGUUAUGAUACAUCACAAUUAUGCAUGAUGGUACAUCACAGUUUAUCUUUUCUUAAUUUGUCCAGAACAAUAGCAGCUCAGGCGAAAAUUUUAUCUAAGUAUGUAAAAGAUAUGCUCUAGAUUGGGUGGAUCCAGGGUAGGCAUGGAAAGGGAGAGCAUCUGUUUCAGAGGAUCGGUUAACAUUGGUGUGCAUGUACAUGGGGAAAAGAGGAAUAAAAUGACGAAUUUUAUGCCACCUGUUACGCGACCAGAGUUACAUCCCUUUGUGCAAAGUUUUUAAACUGAUGUAAUGUAAAGCAAGCUCCUUAUUUAUUUGUGUGCAAAAGAACCUGCCGAUGGUCGUAGGUUUCCACCGGGGUCUACUAGGUUUUCUCUCGCCAUAAUGCUGGCUGCCUUCGUUUAGGUGAAAGGGAAAAUGGAUGAGACAGUUCUAUAUUUCAGAUCUACUGCGAUAACGUUAACCCAA